AAAAAAGCAAAACAAAAUAACACUCGUAUCCCCUAAAUCUCUUGAAAUAAAAAUAAAAACUGCAUUGAGAAUGGUGUGGCAUUGGGAAACUAAUCAGGCUCUUUUGCAAACACACACAUACUGAGUGGCCCCUGUGGCAUUUAGCCCUGGGUUACACCUGACUGUGCUCUAUAAAAAGUGAAGAAUCUACCUGGAGAAGCAUCCUUUUUAUAAAUAUAUAAAGGCUUAUAGACAGACAGAACAGAUUUUGAAGUAACUUAAAACCUCCACAAUACACAGGGGAGGGUGGAAAAAAAAGAGGGAAAGGUAGCUCUGCCUAGGGUCUGUACUAAAUACCUCCAGUUCAAGAAUUACGUAGUGAAGUCCUUUUUUUGGAAAUGGGGGAGAGGUUGUCCCUAGCCAGCCUGCAUGCUCAAUGACCAGACGUUAAGCCUGAUACUGACAUUCACAUGCCCUACAGAUUUACACAGAGCCUAUUCAGUGACUUCCCGUUCAGUAGAAACCCCCAAAUGCAUGCCAGAAACUGGGUACAAUACAGAAUGCUACAUAUACUAUAUUUUUUCCUAUACAUACAUACAUAUAAAUUUAAUUUACAUAUUAGACACAAUAUUCUUGCACUUUGGGGGUUAUAAUUAAGUAUAUACUUGAAAGCAAGUACUGCAAUACCUCCACAGGGGACCUGAUAAACCAGAUGGCUACUAAGUGACUAACAGGCAAGUAACCUAUCUAUACAGGUCAAUAAAUACUCUGGAAAAAGGGAUAAGUCACAUCGGGGCAAGAUAGAGUAGGACAGGACAAGAUUUCAUCAUGCUAUUCAAAACAGCACGACAUUUAAAACUUCUGAAUGGUUUAUUAUUGGAAUUUUCCAUUUAAUAUUUUUAGACCACAGGUGACCACAGGUAACUAAGACCACAGAAAGUAUGUAUGUAGGGGUUGCGAAAAUUCACCUAACUAUACACAUAGGAUUUGUGUAUUUUUUAGUAAGUUAUAUUUCGUUAAAAGCUUUUAAAAACGUUGCCAUAGACCCCGUGAAGCGGCUUGAUCUCAUCUACCUCUGGUUUUACUACGGAUAGAUUGCAGUAACUUUCAGACCAAGUGAGAGUGGUGUGGGACAAGUUCGGGCCACACACAACCUCUGGACUUCCCUGCGCGCCCCGCCCCGGGCCAGAGGAGCCUGGUUCCUUUUGCCUCAGAAGACUGAAGGCCGUCGGGUCCACGGGUCUGAAGCGACCAGACGCUUCCCCGGCCGGCUCAGCCACCGAACGCUCCCAGAGCCAGGGGACGCCAGAUCCCCCCAGGUCUCUCGGCGCGCUCGCCACAUUCCACCCGCCUGAGGAUCAGGCCCUCUGUUCUCCCCGCUCCGGGCCCGCGAUGACGGCGACGCUGAUCCUGGAGCCCGCGGGCCGCUGCUGCUGGGACGAGCCGGUGCGCAUCGUCGUGCGCGGCCUGGCGCCCGAGCAGCCCGUCACGCUGCGCGCGUCCCUGCGCGACGAGAAGGGCGCGCUCUUCCGGGCCCACGCGCGCUACCGCGCCGACGUCGCCGGCCAGCUGGACCUGGCGCGCGCGCCCGCGCUGGGUGGCAGCUUCGCGGGGCUCGAGCCCAUGGGGCUGCUCUGGGCCCUGGAGCCCGAGAAGCCAUUCUGGCGCUUUCUGAAGCGCGACGUGCGGACGCCGUUCGCCGUGGAGCUGGAAGUGCUGGACGGCCACGGGCCCGAGGCCGGGCGGCUGCUGGGCCGGGCGGUGCACGAGCGCGACUUCCUGCCGCCCGGGGUGCGGCGGGAGCCGGUGCGCGUGGGCCGGGUGCGCGCCACGCUCUUCCUGCCGCCAGGACCUGGAUCCUUCCCAGGGAUCAUUGACAUCUUUGGUCUCGGAGGGGGCCUGUUGGAAUAUCGAGCCAGCCUUCUGGCUGGCCAUGGUUUUGCCACGUUGGCUCUAGCUUAUUAUGACUUUGAAGAUCUCCCCAAGCAACUGGACAACAUACAUCUGGAGUACUUUGAAGAAGCCCUAUGCUACAUGCUUCAGCACCCCCAGGUCAAAGGCCCAGGCAUCGGGCUUUUGGGCAUUUCUCUAGGGGCUGAUAUUUGUCUCUCGAUGGCCUCAUUCUUGAAGAAUGUCUCAGCCACAGUUUCCAUCAAUGGAUCUGCGUUCAGUGGAAACAGAGGCAUACAUUAUAAGCAGACUCGUAUCCCACCCUUGGGCCAUGACCUGAGGAGAACCAAGGUAGCUUUCUCAGGCCUGCUGGACAUUGUGGAUAUACGGAAUGAUACGGUCGGAGGGUGUGAGAACCCCAGCAUGAUUCCAAUAGAGAAGGCCCAGGGGCCCAUCCUCUUCAUUGUUGGUCAGGAUGACCACAACUGGAGGAGUGAGUUAUAUGCUCAAGUAGCCUCUGAACGGUUACAGACCCAUGGAAAGGAAAAACCCCAGAUCAUCAGUUACCCUGGGACUGGGCAUUACAUUGAGCCUCCUUACUUCCCCCUGUGCCCAGCUUCUUUUCACAUAUUACUGAACAAACCUGUGAUGUGGGGUGGGCAGCCCAGGCCUCAUUCCAGGGCCCAAGUAGAUGCUUGGAAGCAAAUUCUGUCCUUCUUCUGCAAACACCUGGGAGGUACCCAGAAGAGAGCAUUCCCCAAACUGUAAUGUAUUUGUCAGUUGUUGACAUGAGAGAUUCAAGAUCAUAUUUUAUUUAAUAGUCUUCAGUAACCCUGUAUGAAUCAGAAGUGCCAUGGAUAACAUUAAAUUCACAUUUUUGCCAUUAAUGGUAUAUUUUAGGUAACUUUAUUAAAUAAGUUUUGUCAUUAAUUUUACUAAUGUAACAUGUACUUGUAGAAGAUUCAGCUGUAUGUAUAAUAACAAAAAUAUAAAAUAUCUCUACUGUUAAAAUUUGUGUUUUCUUCCAAAUUUUUUUAGUUAAUGUUUUAAGCCAUGGAUGAACUUUAAAGCUGUUGAGUUUCUCUGUCACUAUGAAAGAAUGAUCACUUAAUGAUUGCUUUUGAGCUACUGGUAGUAUGGUAGAAUUGUCUUUCACCAAAAGGAUAGAGAGAAGUGUUGAAAUAAGGAUAGGCAGCUGACCUUUUCAUUCUAGAGGUCAGAGAAGAAUCCUUUGAGAGGAGUUAUUGGGGGCAUCUGUCUCUAGAAGAGUUAAGUCUAAAGACUGUUACACAAAUGAAUGUCCCUCUCAUUUCCUGGCUCUAAUAACAGACCUUGGAAAAUCAUAGGGUGAUAACCUUAGAGGAAUCAUUUCUCACUUUGUCCUCAGGCUACACAUCACCAUUAAGUAGACUUGAAGAGGUAACGGCUGAGAAUUUUCCAAAACUGAUGUCAAAGACAUCAAGCCACAUAUUCAAAAAGCGCUAUAAACCCCAGG